AUGCCGGGUAGGAAAAAGCCAUCGUUUGAGUUCUACGGCAAUCUUAUUGAACGAGACUGGAAGGAAAAAAUCGUCAAAUCUUUCGAUGACGUAAGCAGUAGGUCAUACCUGUGGACGUUGGUGUUGAAGAAAAAGAAGGGACAGAGAAGGCCAGCAAUAGAACUAAAUGUUCUACAGGCGUCUGUUACAAACAAAACCACAAAACUUCAUCGGUUUUUAGAAACAGUCGGACUACGUUGUGGAAAUUGUGCUUUGGAAAAUCAACCAAGUGAAGAGGAUUCCGAGUUGGAUGAAGAUGAAGAACUUUCAGACGAAAAUGAGACGGCGCCUCAGGAGGAACCUGAUCUCCAACUGCCAGAAGAAUUGAAGGAAAUGUACGCGCAACUAAAACUUUGCAUUCCACGAAUCGCCACAAAGAACUCUCAGCCAUUAGGCUACGUUUUCGGGAUGCCUAAUGCAGGUUUCCUUGUAAAUCUACAAAAGUUUAGCGAGACCUGCGUGGUUGACGCAGUUGAGGUCAUUUUUCGUCAAGCCAUCAGUUUAGGUGUGCACCCUAACUUCCUGUCUGACAAAUGGAGCAUCCAACCAGAGAUGACCUUGCUUGAGGGCCUGUGCUCACGAAAUAAAUUCCUGAACUGGCUUGGAAAUCAAUACCCUUCUGAAUUUAAUGAGAAUUCCAUGCGGUGCUCAGUAAGCGAAUUCUUACAAUGCAUCAAUUUCAAGUCUUCACGCACCAUUGGAACAUGUCCAACAUGCAAAGAUAUCGUGCAGAAGACACAUACAGAGCCUAUUAUGAAAAACAACACGGAUUGUUCAGACCUGAUGCAACUUCAACAACAUCUUGCAGAAGAAGUAUGGAUUACUUGCCAAAAGUGCAAAGUAAAUUUUGCUGGGGCGCAAGAGCUGGAAAGCUUCAUCGCCGUUGAAAACACGCUUAAAUUGAGCAAGGGAAAAUAUAUCAGAAAACAGAGAAAAGUCUCCAUUGAUGAGCCUCAGUCAACAAAGUCCUUUCAUUAUAAAGGUAAACUAUACAAACUGAUGGCUAUGGCCCACAACUCACUUCGCGGCCAUGUAACUGCAGUUGUCUACAUUGAGGAUGGAGAAGAAAAUGCCCUGGAAUUUGACGAUUUAAAAUUCAAAUCAUCACUGGUGCCUAGGAAGGAAAUCAACCCUGAUUUUUUUUUUUAUGUGUCUUCAGCUGAAUAG